AUGUUAGAAGCACUGUUUAGAGAUUCUGUGGAAGAAGCAAUAAACGACUCCAUCAAGCAAGGCGUUGUGAUGGCCGUUUACAACACUGCCCGGGAUGAUCAAUGGCUAAAAAGUUGGUUCAAGGAAGAUGAAGUCGCGUUGGAUGUUUUAGCGGAACAUAGUAUUUGGUUGAAAUUGGUCAAAGAUAGCGAGCAGUUCCAGUUAUUUGAGCAAGUGUUUCCCAAUGUGGUUGUACCCAGUAUAUAUUUGAUACGUGCCGGAAAGAUAGAAUUGAUCAUUCAAGGCGAGAAUGACCGACAUUGGGAGAAGUUAUUAACGUGCAUAGGCAUCCAAGAUAAGGUUUCGCAUGAGAAUUCGCCCAGGGAAACGAAUCCAGGUUUGGCUAAAGAAGAAAAGCCAUCCAGAGAUGUCCGCAAGAAAAACGCAAGAGAAAGGAUUGCUGAGACUACCUUAGAGAUCCAACGUCGUGAACAACUGAAACAGAGGAAGCUAGCUGAGGAGGAAAGAGAGAGAAUUAUAAGACUUGUUAGGGCAGACCGCGCAGAAAGAAAAGCCCUAGAUGAAACACAUCACAAGACUCUCGAUGACGAUAAGCCAUUGGAUGUUCAUGAUUACAUAAAAGACGCACAGAAGCUACAUAGCAGCAAAUGCGUCUUGCAAAUUAGAAUGACUGACGGCAAGACUCUGAAACAUGAGUUCAACUCGUCAGAAACAUUAAAUGACGUUAGAAAAUGGGUGGAUCUCAACAGGACAGAUGGAGACUGCCCGUAUUCAUUCCAUAGGGGCAUUCCUAGGGUGACAUUUAAGGAUUCCGAUGAAUUGAAGACGCUAGAGGCGCUAGAACUAACCCCCAGAUCAGCAUUAUUACUUAAACCUCUGGAAACCCAACAUUCUGGGCUGUCUGUUACCGGGAUGGAGGGACCAGGCCUUUUGGGCCGUCUCUAUAAGGGAUUUUCUACAUGGUGGCGCAACGAUGAAGGUCGUGAAGUAACACCACAACGUGAAGAAAUGUCCGAGCCCAAUCGUCACGAAACUAGAUCUUCGACUUCUUUACCCAGGACCGCUUCAUCGAACCCUUUCCAAUACGACAAUGUUCGGGAACCUGUCCAAUCCUCUGCGCAUGCAUCACCAUUGCUGACACCUAGCGGAACGAGGUACCCAUCAGAAACUAAUCUAACUGCAUCACGUUCUGUCUCGCCAAAUAUUUUCCAAUUUGUUAACAACGAUCAUCAAGAAGACCCUGAAGACCCAACGACCUUUAAUGGUAACAACGUCCAUUUAGAAAAGAAGAAGGACGAAGAUAAAAAAUAA